ACCUAAUUAGGGUUUGUGAAAUGGGUAUGAAAGAUCACUAGACAACCAACCAUCACAACAGCGGCAGCAGCUUCCUCCAUUCCCUAACCUUAAUCUGAGCAGAAUCAUGGAGGCACUACCACCUCUUACUGAAGAUGGAAAGUCUCACUGCGAAGUCAUGCUCUUUAACCGUUGGAGCUACGAUGAUGUUCAGAUGUCUGAUCUUUCUGUUGAGGAUUACAUCACUGCCACUGCCUCGAAGCACCCUAUUUACAUGCCUCACACAGCUGGUAGGUAUCAAGCCAAGAGAUUCAGGAAGGCACAGUGCCCAAUUGUGGAGCGUUUGACCAACUCUCUUAUGAUGCAUGGGAGGAACAAUGGUAAAAAGUUGAUGGCUGUUCGCAUUGUUAAGCAUGCUAUGGAGAUCAUUCAUCUUUUGACUGAUGCAAACCCCAUCCAAAUUAUUGUUGAUGCUGUCAUUAACAGUGGUCCACGAGAGGAUGCCACCAGAAUUGGUUCUGCUGGUGUUGUUAGGCGUCAGGCUGUUGAUAUUUCUCCUUUAAGGCGAGUUAACCAGGCUAUCUAUCUUCUUACCACUGGUGCACGUGAAAGUGCAUUCAGGAAUGUUAAGACUAUAGCUGAAUGUCUUGCUGAUGAACUUAUUAAUGCUGCCAAGGGAUCUUCAAACAGUUACGCUAUUAAGAAGAAGGAUGAGAUUGAAAGAGUCGCCAAGGCCAACCGUUAAACAAGAUUAUAUGUUAGGGCACUCAAUUUUGGUUCCUAUGUUUUGGCAUUUCAAGUGAAGCAUUUAAUUAUCAACCUCGAUUGAUGUUAUGUUUUGGAUUGUGACUUGCGUAAACUUGCUUUGUUAUACUUGAGUUUCAUUAUAUUAAUUAGAUAUCUUUUGAGAGUUUGUCUUC